GCAAAAGAGAAAGGAAAAAUUUAGGCGAGCGGCGAGCCCAUCGUUCCCUUCCCCGUCUCCACCUUUCGCUCUCAGAUCUCUCCACCCGUCUCUCUCUCCCCCCUCUCGCGCUACAAUGGCCGACGAGCCCCUGGACGCGUCGCCGGCGGCGGAGGCGGCUUCCGCGCCCGCGCCCGCACCGUCACCGGCACCAGCACCAGCGGCGACCGUCUACUCGGUCCUCCGGCCGCGGCGGGAAUCGUUCGAGCACGGGCUCUUGCCGAUCCCCAAGCUGGUCUUCCCGGAGGGUACGCUCACGCAAACCCUAGCGCAGCUCAAGGGGAGGCUCUUGGAAUCCGGGAGCGGCCGCGUGGGCGCCCCGGCGCUCGCUGAGGCGCUGCAGAUCCCCGUCGAGCAGGCUGCGCUGGUGCUCGGGACGCUCGCCGCGGUGCUGCCCACCGACGAAGACCCCGCGCUCGGCGUGGACGGCGCCGGGGAAGCCGACCUCCGCGACGUGCUCCUGUUCCUGUACAUCCAGUCCUACAAGCGCCUCGUGCCCCGCGCCCACAAGGACUCGCCUUCCGUCGCCGACGUCUGGCCCUCUACCUCUGCUUUUGACGGAUACCUCUCCGCGCUCUCCCCGAUCCAGCUUGUACGGAGUAAUAGCCGCCGGUUUAUGCCUUCACAAGCAGAUGAAGAAGCUCAUCAGUUAUCUUAUUUGCAAAAGCAUAUGGCCAAUGUUCUAACUCUUUUGGCAGAUACUGUUGAUGGAGAGGGUGAUGAAUCUAUGGUACUGACAGCGGAGACUUUUGAGCACCUUGGAUUUUUGUUGCAGUUCUCUGAAGGAACUCCUUUAAGCCAAGCAGCUACUUUUUUUGCGAAUUCUGACCCAGACAUGCCUGCUGCUCCUGUUCCAGCUACUCAGGUUCAUGACUGGAUUCUGCAGAAUAUAGCUUCUUCCUUGGAAUUUACAGCAGAAAAAUCGACAACGAAGGAAAACAGCCAACAUAGUGUAUCUGACCCUGAUGUGACAAUGGCCGAUGCUGUCACAAAUAUAAGAAUUCAGAGCAGCUCGCCAAAAGGUGCUUCUGUGCAAAAUAAUCCUGGAUACUACCGGAAUACAUCUUUUGUGGAGGGUAUUUCCAAAACUUCUGUUGUCAAACAAGGAUCUGAUAUUAAAGGCCAUUCAAUAAAGGUUUUGAAUUGCCAUGAUUCUGUUAUCUACAUCCUAGCUCCUCUUAAAUAUGCUACCGUGUAUGGAUGUUCUGACACCACUGUUGUUCUUGGUGCUGUUGGUAAGGUGGUAAAAGUGGAGCAUUGUGAACGAGUGCAAAUCAUCGCGGCUUCUAAAAGAAUUUGUAUUGCCAAUUGUCGUGAAUGUAUCUUCUAUUUGGGAGUAAAUCAUCAACCACUUAUUGUGGGGGACAACCAUAAAUUACAAGUUGCUCCGUUUAAUACUUAUUACCCACAAUUGGGGGAGCAUUUGGCACAAGUUGGUGUGGACCCUAAUGUCAACAAAUGGGACCAACCUUUUGUACUGGGAGUUGUUGAUCCACAUGAUUCAUUAUCUCAUCCUGCAGGGGUUUCUGAUAUCCAAGCCGAGUCUGCCACCUGUCUAGAUCCUGAUCUAUUCACAAACUUCUUGAUUCCUAGUUGGUUUGAGGCGGAAGGGCCUACCAAAUACAAUCCAUUUACAUUGCCUGAAGUUUACUGGGCAUCCCAAACGAAAAAGAAUGCUUCUCUGGAAGAUAUUCAAAAGAAUAUCCGGGAACUGGAGCUUGAUGAUAACCGGAAAAAGGAAUUGGCAUGUGCCCUUCAUUCUCAAUUUAAGGACUGGCUAUAUGCGUCUGGGAAUAUCCGCCAGCUUUACUGUUUGCAAGGCGAAUAAGUGCUUACGCGCGCAGUGAAGAUUGUGCAUCGUACUUGUGGAUCCCCUUCAACAGUUCAACCCUGUGCAUCCAACUGCAUUGCCCGCGCUGACUUCUUGUCGACUGAGUUGAUUAAACCUGAUCUUCCAGCAUGUAGUGUUUGUCAAUGUUAAAGAAAUAAUGUACUGCCCAUUUUUGCCAAUUAAUAUUUAUUAGCACCCCCCUCCUAUUGGUUGUAGACUUGUAGUUGGUGCAAGGACCAACUGGUGUUUUGGUGUUUCACGUUUAUAUCCUUGAUGACAUAUACGGCUAUGAAUAGCAGUUACUCAAUUCUUUAGCGAAAUAACCAGUUUCGCUUCAUCAGUUUGGGUCAUUUAUAUUUAUACUGUAAAUGCACUCUGACAAGAUGGGCGUAAGGAAUAUACAGAUGUAUUGGAGCUUUGAAGUACUUGCGAUCUGUA